AAUACUCAACUUUCUGUGGGUUAUUUGUAUGGAAAUAUGUUAAUAUAAAUGUUUCAGACAUUACAUGAAAUUUCUAAAAAUCUUAUAUGUUCUGGUAUAAUGUUAUAAGUCAUAAUUCUAGUUAUUACUUUAAAAUGUAUAUCUCAGAAAUAACUAAAUUUCCUUGUCAAUUGCAUUAUUAUGAACUUUCAUCAAAUCUUUAACCGUGGUCAUUUUUAAGUCUUUUGUCAUUUACAGACAGUUCUGGGUGUACUCUGAUGCUUUUGCAAAACUGUUUCAUCUUCAAGGAAUUCAUGGAAAAGACUCUGACAAGUACAGGUUUCUGGUAACUGACUAUACUGCUGAACUGAAUGAAUAAGCAUUUUCAGAACUCUAAUGGAAAACUGAUGAAUUCAUAAAAGUGCUAACAAAAGAUCAAGAUUAAAAAAGUUAGAUUUUUUAGAAAUGGCGGCUUCGCUAGGAGGCAUGUUCUCCGGGCAGCCACCGGGACCGCCGCCACUCCCGCCGGGCCUCUUGGCCCAGGCUUCGCUUCUUCAGGCCACACCAGGCGUUCCGAGGACUUCUAACAGUACCUUGGUGGACGAGUUGGAGUCAUCGUUCGAGGCUUGUUUUGCUUCUCUGGUGAGUCAGGAUUAUGUCAAUGGUACAGAUCAGGAAGAAAUUCGAACGGACAUCUCGGAACUGAGGAACGAAUUACAGAGAAAGGAUGCUCUGGUCCAGAAGCACUUAACAAAACUGAGACAUUGGCAGCUGGAGGACAUCAACAUGCAGCACAAAAAGCCAGCCGACAUCCUUCAGGGUUCCCUGGCCUACCUCGAGCAGGCAUCUGCAAAUAUCCCUGCACCGCUGAAGCAAACCUGAGGAAAAGCCACCUGAACAUGAGCUGGUGGCUGAGUCAGCCCAGACACAAUUUUGCCAAACAUCACUUCUUGUAGACAUGACAUUUUGGGAGAACUCUUUGCCAGAGAGUGAGAUGAUUUAGUUUUGCGCUCUCAUCUAAAAAUUUCCCCCUAUUUUUAUAAGCAUUAUUUCUGGAAUACUUUAUAAAAUGCUUAUUGCUUUGGUAAACCAAGUAUAUUGUCUUUAGCAAAAUUUAAGACUGUUAAUAUGAUGCCGUUUACAGAUUCCUUUUUAUGUUUUUGUUUUUUGCUUCUUGUUUUUAUUAUUUUUAUUUUUGUAUGAGUGUUUGUCUCUCUGUUUCCAGUUUUGGAUUAUUUUGUAUGAUCUGAGGGGAAAAGCUUGUAUGAUCUGAUCUGCAUAUCAAAGGAUGAGGAUUUUGGUUGUAAGGCCUUUUAUGAUAAUUUACACAUCAGUGGCAGUAUAUAAAAAUAUGUAAAUUUGCUGUUUUUCAAGACUGAACUACCUAAAGAAGAGGAGUCUAAUGCAACGAUGUAACACUUCCAGAACCUCAGAAUGAGGAUAUUUUGUAAAUAGGUUGGAAGAGGAUUAUAAUUUCAUAGGUUAGUGUAGUAGCUGUUACUGUACUGCAGUAACUAGUGCUAUAGGAAUCCAGCAGUAUCCUUAAUGUUGACUUUUUUUGUGUGUGUGUGGUACGUGGCCCUCUCACUGCUGUGGCCUCUCCUGCUGUGGAACGCGGGCUCCGGACGCGCAGGCUUAGCGGCCAUAGGCCACGGACCCAGCCGCUCUGCGGCGUGUGGAAUCUUCCCAGACUGGGGCGCAGGCCCGUGUCCCCUACAUCGGCAGGCGGACUCUCGACCACUGCACCACCAGGGAAGCCCCCUUAAUGUUGACUUUCAUUUGGGGUGAGUUUAUAUUUUGUGUAGUGUUCAUUUACUUUUGGGGGAGGGUAGGAGAAGUGAUAUUUAAAAAUUUAUGUUAUUAGGCCAUAUGUUUUGAUUAGGUAGUAAAUUUAGUUUUAAAUUGUGAGUCUGAGUUGUAAUUGCAUUUCUCUCAAAAUGACAUAAGUGCAUGAGCAGCUACGUUUUAUUUUUUUAUUUUAUUCUAAUUAAUUAUUUUUGACAUCUGUAUUGGAGUGUGGUUGCUUUGCAGUGGUGUGUUGGUUUCUGCUUUGUAGCAGGGUGAGUCAGCUGUGCAUGUGCAUGUGUCCCCAUGUCUCUUCCCUCUUGCGUCUCCCACCCUCCCUGUCCCGCUCCUCUAGGUGGUCACAAAGCACCGCAGCUACGUUUUAUUGAUGAUCUGACUGAGGUUAAUGUGAGCUUCCUAUUUCCAAGUUCAGCCUUCAUCUAAUUUCACCUUUCUUUGGAAAAUCAGUACAAAUCACAACCAUUUUUAUUGCCCAGUUGUUUAUAAAGUUUUAUUCAAAGAGCAAAGAUUUGAUGGUGCAUAGAAGAGACAACUGUUUAUAGGCCACUUACUGGGCCAGCACCAAAGGAUUGAGAACAUAUUUUGACCAUUAAAAGUUGUACUGGCUCUUGUCAAAUUGCACUGCUCCAUCAGAGGGUCAGAUAGCUCAGCGUGGACUGACAGCGAGGUCAGCAUUGUGAAUGGCCAUUCCCAGUUCCCUUUAAUCUCCUGAGCAUCCAUGCAAUGGGGAAGCAAUGCACCAUGAGGCAAGACUAGAGGUUCAGUAGAUCUUUCACUUCAAAGAAUAAUCUAGAAACCAUCACAAAUGACCAAGUUGAUGCUACAGUCAUUGAAGUUGAGAUGUAUGAUGGGGUGAGGCUCAGUUAUUCACAGAAAAAUCCUGGCAAGGCUUAAUUCCAAUUCACGAUUAGUAUUAUUACCCAUAUUUUGCUUAAACUUCAAAAAGCCCCCUAGAGGUAGCUGUUAUUCCCUCUAUAAUCUUCAUGUCCUGGACCUAGGAAGUCAAAAUAUUUGAUCCGAGUAUGCCAAGGUCUGCUAUAGUCCAUUCCUAGCAGUUUUGUUUUCUUUGGUUUUUUAAAAUUGGCUUUCCUGGUUAUUUUGAGCUUUGUUUUAUUUCUCUACCUAUUGAGGUUACAUGUGUAUUUUGGAAUUAUAUCAUUUACAUAGAAACACUUUUCAAGUGAAGAUGACCAGUGUCCUAGGAAAAUGAAACCGCUUUAAAAGUAGACCAUGGAAAUCACAAAGUCUGAUAUUCCACAAUGCGGAUUGCAGUCUUAUGGACACUAGAAAUACCAUGGGUAGGUCAUCAGUAACAUUAAUAAUAUUUCCCUAUGGGCACUUUCUGAUAACACUGGCUUGUUUUAUCUUAAUGUCACAAUGAAACAGUAUGAAAUGUUAAUGCAAGAAUUUGUUUUAGCUAUGUAUGUAAAUCAUAUUACAAGCAAGUUAUUUGGUU